UGAGUCCUGCCUGAUUGCUGCCCAGAGCAGCCCUCCCAGGCCGUGGUGGAUGGUGGGGGCACUGCUGGCACGCCUCUGUGCUCCCCUGCCCCUCCGCCCUGCCCCGCGCAGCUUUGCCCGGGCCCACAGCAUGCCUGUGUCUGGACUUCCUCCAGUGUUCCUUGUUGGCACGGUGCCUGCGUGUUGAGAGCUGGGCUGUCCUAAGGCUUGCAGAGAAGAUGGCCGCCCUUCACACGACCCCAAACUCCCUGGCUGCCCGGCUGGAGAGGGCAGAGGCUGGGUUGGGAUGUGAUCCUGAUCAGGAGGAGGAAGAAAAAAAGGGGGCGGAGCAGGAGGAGGAAGAGGAGAUGCCAGUGGAAGAGGAGGAUGUGGUGGUGGCAGAGCUGGAGGCCGACGAGGAGGGGGGCCAGACAGGGCAGGUGGAGCAGGUGGAGGUAGAGUUGGAGGAUGAGGAUGUGGAGGAAGUGGUGGCAGAGCAGCGGAAUCCACCGUUGGGGACCCAGGAGCACCUUAGCCGUGGUGGUGAUACCAAGUUCCCAGUUCGUCAGGAAAAGGCCCUGCAGGCCACCCGGGUUCCAGCCGUGCCUAGGGAUGAGGACCUGGAGGAGGAGGAGGAGGGGGAGGAGGAGGAAGAGGAGGAGGAGGAGGAGGAGGAUUCCCUGACAGCUGGGUCUCAGGGGCUGGUCACCUUUGAGGAUGUGGCUGUGUACUUCUCCCUGGAGGAGUGGGAACGGCUGGAUGCAGACCAGCGGGACCUCUACAAGGAUGUCAUGCAAGAGAACUAUGGGAUCCUGGUGUCCUUGGGAUACCCAAUCCCCAAACCGGAUCUGAUCUUCCGGCUGGAACGAGGGGAGGAACCCUGGGUCCCAGACAGUCCACGUCCUGAGGAGGGAGACAUUGUCACAGGCGUUUACACAGGCGCCUGGUUCUGGACUGAUGACAUGGAGGAUCAUGAGGAGGAAGAUGAUGAGGACUUUCUGGCAGAGGUGGCUGAGGAGGAGAAUGAACCCCCAGGGCUGUGGUCUGCAGCCUACGGUGUGGGCGAUGUACCAGGCACCUGGGGCCCUGACGACUCAGAUUCAGCGCAGACUCCAGAAGGGUGGGAGCCCGACCUGGGCGGCCUCGGGGGCCUGGCGGAGGGCUCUGAGGCAAAGGCCUUCUUGCCUGGCCGUGAGCCGGGUGUGAACCUGCCCUGGGCCUUCCCUGCAGAGGUGGCCGCCCCCACAGGAAGGCCCGAGACCACGUGUGAUGUGUGUGGCAAAGUGUUCCCGCACAGGUCCCGCCUGGCCAAGCACCAGCGCUACCACGCAGCUGUCAAGCCCUUUGGUUGUGAGGAGUGCGGCAAGGGCUUUGUGUACCGCUCCCACCUGGCCAUUCACCAGCGCACACACACCGGAGAGAAGCCUUUCCCUUGCCCGGACUGCGGCAAGCGCUUCGUCUACAAGUCGCACCUGGUCACCCACCGGCGCAUUCACACCGGGGAGCGGCCCUAUCGCUGCGCCUUUUGCGGCGCGGGCUUCGGGCGCCGCUCCUACUUGGUCACGCACCAGCGCACGCACACUGGCGAGCGGCCCUACCCCUGCCCGCACUGUGGCCGCAGCUUCUCGCUGCGCUCCUACCUGCUGGACCACCGGCGCGUGCACACGGGCGAGCGCCCCUUCACCUGCCCGGUGUGCGGCCGCAGCUUCAGCCAGAGCUCCCAGCUGGCGUGCCACCAGCGCGUGCACACGGGCGAGAAGCCCUACGGCUGCCCGCACUGCGGGAAGCGCUUCGGCCACAGCUCGGACUUCAAGCGGCACCGGCGCACGCACACGGGCGAGAAGCCCUUCCGCUGCACCGACUGCGGGCGCGGCUUCGCGCAGCGCUCCAACCUGGCCAAACACCGGCGCGGCCACACGGGCGAGCGGCCUUUCCCCUGUCCCGAAUGCGGGAAGCGCUUCUCGCAGCGCUCAGUGCUCGUCACACACCAGCGCACGCACACGGGCGAGCGGCCCUACGCCUGCGCCAACUGCGGCCGCCGCUUCUCGCAGAGCUCACACCUGCUCACGCACAUGAAGACGCACAGGGGCGCGGUGGGUGCGGCCGGCCCCACGGCCGCCCCGGCGCCCAAGCCCGAGACGCCAGCCAAACUGCCGGCGGGCGCAGCGAGCGGCGCGGGGGAGCGCGGCAGCACCCUGCUGGAGUUUGCGGGCGGAACGAGCUUCGGCUCAGAGCCCGCGACCGCGUUCGCAGGCCCCUCAGGCGCCUUCCCCGAGAGCGUCCUGUGAGGGCCGGAGGCCGAAGAAGGCGCAGCCCUAAGGGCCACCGACUCCUCCCUGGGGCGCCGGUGGCAGCGCACCGGCCCCUUGCUCCUCUAGCCUGGGGGACCGAGGGUUCCAGUCCUGGGCGUGGUGCCUACCCCUCAGUCCUGGCACUCUGCCUUUCGCUCCCCCAAUCGCGGGCUUCCCUCCUGCCUGACUCCAUAACACCGGGCCCUGAGCUCGUAGACAGUGGCGGGGGGAAGGGGUGCGCUUGGGGAGAGGAGAACAUCGCGGGGAAGGGGAGGGGCAGCCACCCUGACAACUGCGACAUCCCUGGGCCUGUGCUAUGCACCCAGAGGUCAGGGUGCAGGCACGUUAUUUAUUUCACUGGGAUUCCGAGUCGGGUGGCCCGGGGCCAGGUGGCUGAGUUUUAACGGCGUUUUAGAGCGUCGGAGGGAAGGUGAGGGCGGGGCGCCCGGCUGCCGAGGUGGGUCCGCGCCCCAUCCCGGCGGGGCUGACUCCUCUUCCGGGCCCUCGGCAUCACUGGUCGUCGAAGUUAGUCUGUGACGGCCUGCGCGCUGGCUCCGCGCCUCACGGGUUCAAGGGCUGCCGGGCGAGCCCCGGCGACAUGGCUUGGGAAGCUUUCAUUCUGAUUGUCCAACUGUGGGAGUUUAUCGCCGCCUCCUGCGUGGUUUGAAGAAUCUGGAUGGUGGGAAAGCCAGAAACCAAAUUUGUGGCCUGGGCAGAUGAUAUCGCGGGGUCCCGAGGGAAUUUGAAGCCUUAUUCUCCUAAGCCGCCCUCUCCUUACCCGCUUUAGCUCCGAGGUCUCCCAGUUAACGCCUGCUGGGUUUUAUUCAGCCAUUUUGGUACUCACCUUGGGCGCUGGAGGUGUCAUACUCAGAUCCUUAGGAACCCUGGCGCCCCAGUAGACCUGGGCCCCACCUUCCACUGCCUGAGCUGCCACCUCUCGUGGGGCCCCGGGGCCCCACCUUGUGAGCCUGUCGCCCAGUUAGAAUAAACCCAGUGUAAAGUGACAGGUUGGUAGCAGGAUUCUGUCUCACAUCCCAUAAUUAGGGUUCUGGGAGUUCCACAGGUCUCUUUAAUUGUUUCUAUGGUUAUUCGUGUUUCUGUUUCGAUUCUCAACUCCCAAAAGGCCCUGCAGGCUGGGCUGUCUGCACAGGCACAUCCACUUUGCGAUGCGGCCCCGUGUGGGGGCUCAGUGACUAGUAAACUGAGUACCCGACUAUGCAAGACCUUAGCCUGGUGGGCACUCUGCCCUCUCAGCUGGGCUGUUGGGAGCCACCCAGCAGGCAGGUGAGGCACAGCUCUCUGAGACACCCCCACCCCUUAAUGCCUUUUGGACCAGUGAGUGGGGCCAGAAAACAGAUUUUGAAGCAACCGCAUUCCCUUUUAGACCUAGUACCUUCGGUGUUAGUGUAGAUGUGGUCUUGGGGCCUGGGAGCCAACGGCCAGGCCACGGGGCCCGGGGGUGGGAUAGGAGGCCAGUAGUCCGUGGGGGGAGGAGACGGUGUGGGGGAGAGUUAGCCUGGCUGGGUGAGAAGGCGGGGUGGGGUCCCAGGGUGGCAUGAGGAUGCUGGGUGGUGCCCUCUCUGUUCCUAAUUGGUCUCCUCUCCCUGUGAGACUGGAGAACCAGAGCGGAGGGCGAGGUGGCUGGGGAGGCUCAGCAUCUGAGGCCUCGCUCUCCCAACACUGGGGUCUGGCGUCAUGCCUGCCCCUCCUGAGGCAGGUCUGCCCGAGGUGUUGAGUGUUUUUGGCGGUGCUCCUGGGCCCGAUUGCUCCUGCCCAGCCCUGAGCUGUCAGAGGAGGACCCAGCUUUAAUAAAGAGUGGAGAAAUGAAGCUUUCUGACUGGAUUCCGUGUUGUUGCUCUCCUCAGUACCCAUCAGGGAGCUAUGCAAGGCCUCAGGUCUGUCUUGUUCCUGCAGAUGCUUUUUAGUGGUUUCUCUUUGAGGAGACUAACAUUAGUCUGUGGAGGGUCUGCCCAAGAGCUUUAGCCCUGCCUGCUACCUGUGUUCACAUCUUAGGGGAGUUCCCAGCGGCUCCCCCAACACUGCCACGUACUCUUUGUAACACACUCUUAUCUCAGGACAGCCUCACCGUGGUCAGCGGAGUGGACCAGCUCCCCUCCCUGGUCCAGACCAGUGCCACAGGCCUUGCCUCAGACCCCCACCACGCGGGUCACCCAGGGCUCACCUACUCCAGCCACUCCUCAGCGCACCUCCCUGGGGCCUCACCUUCUCCUUCAGCCUGACUUACUGAGUUCUCACCACUUGGUGUCCCCAGACCAGAUAAGGCUCUCCCAACCUUUCCUUGUGGAUUUGAAAGAAAUGAACUACUUUCAAGUGUGAUUUGGAGGCAUCAGAACAGAACCUAUAUUUCAGUUAAAAAAAAAAAAACAGGCUUUGAGUGGCAGAUGAAUGUUAAGACCUAGUUAAAAAUGAAUGACCUUGAGGGUCUUCAGGUCUGUUCAGAAAAAUUAAAAAUAUUCCCUGAGCUUACAAUGAUCCAUUUAAUUAAAAAUUUCAAUAGUUUUUU